CCCCGCCAACGCCGCCCCUGAGCGCCGCCAAGAUGGCGGUUUGCGGAGCCGCGGGCGGGGGCCGGGGGCGGCGGCGGCCGCCGGUGCCGGCGGGGCGGGCGGUGGUGGCCGCCGCGCUGGCGGCGCUCGGCUGGCUGCAGGCGGCGCGCGGCGCCGGGAGCCCCCCCAGUGACCCUCUGCUGCAGCCGUAUUUCCCCUACCAGCAUGGCCCCCGGCACCACCACCAGCACGUCAGGGACUGUCAGCCUGUCAAGUAUGGCAACGUGACACACGAAGCUUGGCCCAGUGACAACAGGACAGGUGGCCCAGUGGCUGUCACCAGAACAUUUGUUUCUUACAUCCCCCCAGAGGGUGAUCACCGCAAGGUGGUCUAUGGCCACUUCACUUUUGUGAGGAACCCCCUGAGGACCUUCUCUGUGCUAGAGCCGGGUGGCACAGGGGGCUGCCAGGAUCAACGCAGAGUCACUGUGGAAGAGACCGCAAAGCUCAGGAAGUGUCUGGUGGCCCAGAAUGGUGGGUACUUCAACAUGGAAACAGGAGAGUGUCUUGGGAAUGUUGUGAGCGAUGGGAAGCUGGUGAGGAACUCUGGAGGACUGCAAAAUGCUCAGUUCGGCAUCCGGAAGGACGGCACCAUGGUGUUUGGUUACCUGUCUGAAGAAGAUGUCCUGGAUCAAGCAAACCCUUUCAUGCAACUUGUGAGUGGGGUAGUUUGGCUACUAAGAGAUGGAGAGGUGUACAUCAGUCAGAGUCAAAAGGCUGAGUGUGAUGAAAUUCAAACCACAGGAACCUUCGACAGGUUCAUCAAUGUGAUAUCAGCCAGGACUGCGGUUGGACAUGACAAGCAGGGGCGGCUGGUCCUGGUUCAUGUGGAUGGACAGACAGAGUCCAGAGGGGUCAACCUCUGGGAAAUGGCUGAAUUUCUGAAGCAGCAGGGAAUCAUCAAUGCUAUCAACCUGGAUGGUGGAGGGUCUGCAACGCUGGUCUUAAAUGGGACCCUUGCAAGCUACCCAUCUGAGCACUGCUCCUUUGACAGCAUGUGGCGUUGCCCUCGGAGCAUCUCGACUGUCGUGUGUAUCCACGAGCCUGCCUGCGAGCCUGCAGACUGCAGCGGGCACGGGGACUGCGUGGAAGGGCAGUGCCACUGCUCGGGGGACUUCUGGAGAGGCCCAGCCUGUGACAUCUUGGACUGUGGCGCUUCCAACUGCAGCCUGCAUGGUGUCUGCACCGACUCUGGAUGCCUGUGUGAUGCUGGCUGGAUUGGCAGCAACUGCAGUGAAGCUUGUGCUGCCGGUUUCUAUGGGCCUGCUUGCACCCAGAAGUGCCAGUGCCAGAACGGUGGCUUGUGUGACCCCGUGCACGGAGCCUGUUCCUGCCCAGCUGGGUACUACGGCACCAGCUGUGAGCAAGAGUGUCCCAUGGGCUGGUAUGGGCCAAACUGCCAGAAACAAUGUGCGUGUGAACACACGUGUCCCUGUGACCGGGAGACAGGCAGCUGCAACGUCACCUAUGAACUGGCAGUACAGGACCAGUUAAACAAAGCUGGUCGGUGUUGGGCAUCCCAAAGUAAGGGAAGGAGCAAAGAGAAGUUCUCUCUGUCAGAAAAAACCUGGAUCUCCCUGACCGCUGUCUUGGCUCUGCUUCUCAUGAUUAGUGCCAUGGGGAACAUCAGCCUUUUUCUCAGGUCCAGGUCGGAGAGGCAGCAUAAGAGCGGUGACUAUCUCUACCACCCCCUGAGGGAGAUGAACGGGGAAGCCAGUCACACCUCCACAUCUGCUGCCUGCGAGACAGAAGAUGCUCCAGACCAAAGUGAGGCACUCCUCCUGAGUCCUGGAUGAGGAGAGAUGGGGCAUUUCACUCAGCACUGACUGUUACAGAGGAUGUUGUACCUGGCGUGGUAAACUGUGACUAACCCAAGAGCAGCCACAAGAUACCUCAGUCCAAGAGACACCCUUGUUUCUGGCUCAGCUUCCCUGCUGCUGCUCCACCUGGAGCAACCAGCUCUGUGUAAUGAGCUGCCACAAAAAGCUGCAGGGCACAAGCCACGGGGCCAGGUUCCACACACAAAAGGGAAUAAGGGAGUUCCACUGCUGCGGCAGGAAGGGAAAUGGGCUGGUUUCCUCCCAUACUUGAGGAAUGUAAGCCCUGAGCACUUCAGAGAGCUCCCUUCUCACCUGAGCAGUGGUAUUUUUAAGAUACAGGAUAAAUUGCCUGUAGCAUAAAGCUAGGCGUAAGGAUGUUGUAGUCUGUAACUGUGUGCUCCUCCCUGGUAAACUCAGAUUUUUAUCAGAAAACUGAAAAACAGUUGUUAUAACAUGUAGAAAGAGGUGCAGCACACAAUGAAACCCCAGCAGGAGGUUCCAAGGCUGACACAUGGGGUUGGGCCUUUCUUGCACCUGACUUUCUCCACCUGGUCUGUGGUGGCUGCAGGGCCAGAGUGUUUUCUUACUAAAUCCUUAGUCCUAGGAGCAGCCUAACAGGUGCUUGAUGAGCACUGCAUUUCUGGUAGGUUCUUGCAGUACAACAGUAAGGACUUGAAACAACCCAACAUCCUGAACAUCUCAGCUGGAAAUCAGAUGUUUUAGCAGAAUACAUCCUUGCACAAUGCAGUAAGAAAAAAAACAUCACUACCACAAACAAAAAAACAAUGUAUUAGAGUUUGCUUCCAUGUGAGGGAAAACUGUCCUUUCAUGUGCUACUUUAAUGCUGCAAAGCGAGGGUUUAAAGCCUGUCUGAGCCUGAAUAUUAACAUUAUUAUGCACUCUUUUUAUCUCUCCAAGUAAAGGAUAUGUAACUUUUGUGCUGCUGGCAUCAAAUCAACCUGUAAACAGAAGAUUCUAUUUUUCUAUUAUUUACAGAUGACUAUUUGAAACUUGAAUAAAGUCUAUUACAACUAA